CAUGGCUGGAGCUUAUGGAGUGAUGGGUGAUGAUGGUUCUAUUGAUUACACUGUUCAUGAAGCCUGGAAUGAAGCCACCAAUGUCUACUUGAUAGUGAUUCUUGUAAGCUUCGGUCUCUUCAUGUAUGCCAAGAGGAAUAAAAGGAAAAUUAUGAGGACAAGGAAGUAUGACUAUCAGCAGCCACAAAACCAAGCUGACAGUGUGCAACUCUCAUUGGAAUGAAACCUCAGAAAAUGAGCAACAUAAGUAACUGUUCUAAAACAGUUUAGUAGCAAGUUCCUAAUUUUUUCCACCAAAUCGGGAAUAGCAUUUAAAAAAACCUUCUGUCUGCAUAAAAUUAAUUUACUUGUAACUAUU